UUGAUACUAGUACCACUGAUAUGUGGAUAGUACAUAUCAAUGGAUGUUUGUGCUCAUUCUUCAACUUUUUAACUAUGUUAGCAUCAUUGUGAACAAUACUGAAGUCAUUUCUUUGACUGUGUUGUUUCAUACGUAGUUUGAUUUUUAGACGCGCUUCUCAGCUGUAUAUUAAAAAAUAAAAUCAGAAAAACUACAGCAUGACAAGCCAGGUGUUCGUAUUAACGUUCGCAUAAUGACAGCGAUGGCAAAUCCUUGUAAUAUUGCAGCAGACCUGGAAAAAUACAUUGUGAGAAAGGCUCCUCCAACUGUGUAUUACAUUCCAAACUUCAUUAAGGAGGCUGAGGAGGAGUGUCUGCUGAAGCAGGUAUACUCAUCUCCUAAACCCAAAUGGACGCAGUUAUCAGGGCGGAGGCUACAAAACUGGGGUGGAUUGCCGCAUCCCAAAGGAAUGGUUGCUGAGAAACUCCCUGAUUGGCUGCUGAAGUACGCUGAGAAAAUAUCUCUGCUUGGAGCAUUUGCAGGAAAAACAGCAAAUCAUGUUCUUGUAAAUGAAUACAAGCCUGGAGAGGGAAUCAUGCCGCAUGAAGAUGGACCACUGUAUCACCCCACAGUGACCACUAUCACUCUGGGCUCUCAUACACUUCUGGAUUUCUACAGGCCUGUUUGUCAGAAUCAGACCGAAAUUCCUCAAACAGAAGAGAGCCGUUACAUGUUGUCACUGCUGGUACAGCGACAAAGUCUACUGAUUCUUCAGGAUGACAUGUAUAAAUGCUACCUACAUGGUAUCAAAGGAGUUUAUGAUGAUGUUUUGUCAGAACACGUGGUAAAUCUCUCUUCAGCAGGGGCUCAGGUGGGAGACACACUUUCCCGGAGCACCAGAGUCUCGCUUACCAUCCGUCAUGUUCCCAAAGUCAUUCGGGCCAAUCUGUUACUUGGCAAGAAGUAACACACACUUAAGGACUUGCUUGAACUGUGAACUAGAUAAACCGGUUAAACCUGUCAAACCCCCCCAAGUAAAGUGUUUAAAUGCAACACACAAAUGUGUCAACAAUAUGCUGUAAGGCAAAGCAUAAGGAUAUCUUCGGCAUUCAUUACUGGGUAGCAUUUAUGCUUAUUGUUUGACAUUGUAAUAAUAACAAUGUGCCCUGGAGAAGUUUCACAAGUUGCCAUAAAAUACAUGACGCCAUACAUACUGUGCCAUGAAAUAUAGGUGGUACUCUAGUGUUUAAAAUGUCUAUAUUAUAAUUGGUGAGAAAGCUGACUAAGAAACUUUUCUCUUCAGAAUACUUCCUGAACUAAAAUGUCUUAAGGCUUGUCUUAUCUUAUACAAACAAGAUCUUAAGAACAGUAAAGCAAAUGACUGCUUUUGCAACUAAGUAAAUAUAUUGUGUAUGUAUGUUUGACUUGUUUUUUUGAUGCAACCAAGAUCAAGUCACGUUUUGUAUAUUGCUUUUUAUAAUACUUGUUGUUUCAAAUCAGCUUGCAUAAUUGUUUCACUUCUGCAGGCUCUAGUAAAACAACUUAAAAAGAAAACUGCUUUAACGUUUUUAGGCUCAUACAUGCAAACUAGUUGGCCAAGUGUCUGCCCCUAAAAUUCCUGGAAAUAUGGUUAGGUAUUUCUCUACUACGUUUGCGCAACGCAAAUUGUAGUGGUGUAAAGUAUUGGAGUAAAUAUAUGUAAUUGUACUUCGUAUUAAAGAUAUAAGCAACUUUUACUCUCUACUUAACU